AUGGGAUUUGGUAUUUCAAAUACAAGUGUGGUGACUUACCGUCUCUCUUUUUUUUCAUCUGAUCUACUUCUUUUCUCUGGUAAAAGGUUCGUCCUAAAUAUUCGCUUCUGCUCAGAGGGCAGCAUUAGCAGCGAAGGGACUCACACUCGCUCAAUGGCAACCACGUGUGGGUUUAAGGGGUGCUCGAACCAGACGUACCUCGCCCUCCCGGUUUGCAGCCACUGCGGCAAACGCAUGUGCACCUCUCACCUCCUUCCGGAGGUUCAUGGUUGCGGUGACGCCGAAAGGAAUGUGUCACAGCGUCAGGCAACUGCCGAUGCGGCGGAUAUGCGGCGCCGGCGAAAGCAUAUUGGUCUGGAUGACGCAAAGGCGCGAUUGGAUCGUCGCCGGGAAGAGCUUGCUGCUCAGCGGCAAAAAAAGCCACUGAAGAACAAGCAGUGA